UAGAGGGAGGGAGGGGGGAGGGAUGGACCACGGAUCUGCAGGGAGAGUAACUAAAAUAAGAGAAACAGGGGAUUUCAUGAAUCCACUUUACUCUCCUCAGCCGGAUAUGAAGCACGAGGCGAGGGAGCGGAUCCCGGUGGUUCGGUCCGGCUCGGCGGAUUUAUUUUGCACUCAUUAGUUCUGCUCAUUUGACAGCACGGGGCACCAUUCAAUCCAGCUUUCCUUGUUGUUGUCUCGAGGACGAAAUCGAAAUCCAAGACCCUGCAAUAUUUGCCCCCCCCCCCCCCCACCCCCACCUCCCCCCUCUCUCUGGAUGCGCUCGCGCGGAGGUGUGCGGAGGAGCGCGCGCUUCCAGCGAUGCCCGGAGUGAACGCGUCGGAGUUGACUACCGGGGAUCUCUGACUCUCUCCCGCGGCAUGGGCUGCGCCCCCAGCAUCCACGUCUCGCAGAGCGGCGUGAUCUACUGCCGGGACUCGGACGAGUCCAACUCCCCCCACCAGACCACCACCAUCUCGCAGGGCACCACCGCGGCCACGCUGCACGGGCUCUUCGUCAAGACCGACGCGGCCGAGUCCAUCCCCGCCGUCCUCGCCUUCCAGAGCCGCCACGCGCGCAACAGCGAGCCGCGCCGCGAUCGCGGGGAGGGGGGGCGCGUCGGCAUCGAGGCCGAGACACAGACCAGCCGCACCAGCGUUAAGGUUUCAGCUACAGAAGAAUGUGUAGGACCCAUGAGACUGACCCAGGAGCCCAUCCAGGUCCUGCUGGUGUUCGCCAAGGAGGACGGCCAAAGCGACGCCUUCUGGUGGGCCUGCGACCGCGCCGGCUUCACGUGUGACAUCGCACGCACGCCCGAGUCCGCCGUGGAGCGUUUCCUGGACAAGCACCACGAGAUCGUGGUCGUCGAUGGACGCCACUUGCGCUGCUUUGAGCCCGAAGCGGUGUGCCGGUCGAUCCGCGCAACGAAGCCGUCUGAAAACACCGUUAUACUCGCUGUUUUGCCUCAAAGAGCGGCCGACCAGGACGAGCCAUCGGUCCUCCCCCUCCUCCGCGCCGGAUUUAACAGACGGUUUGUGGAGAGCAGCAGCGUGUCGGCCUGCUACAACGAGCUCAUCCAGAUCCAGCACGGAGAGGUGCGCUGCCAGUUCAAACUCAGGGCUUGUAACUCGGUCUUCGCGGCUCUGGAGCACUGUCAAGAGGCCGUGGAGAUCACCAGUGAGGACCACGUCAUACAGUACGUGAACCCGGCGUACGAGCGGAUGAUGGGGUACCACAAGGGGGAGCUGAUCGGGAAGGAGCCCGCCGAGCUGCCCAUGAGCGACAAGAACCGAGCCGACCUGCUGGACACCAUCAACACCUGCAUCAAAAAAGGAAAGGAAUGGCAAGGCCUUUACUACGGCAGGAAGAAGUCGGGCGACAGCGUGCAGCAGCACGUGAAGAUAACGCCCGUCGUCGGCCAAGGAGGGAAGAUUCGACAUGUGGUGGCCAUCAAGAGACCUCACGUUGACAACAAUAACCAGGUUCACAAGUUCAACAAGGAGGAGCGAUGCAUUGGGGAACAUUCCCAGUCAGGAAAUGUGGUUCCCUUCGCAGAGUCCCAUCCUCUACGUCACCGCGACAGGAGGAAAGACUCCAUCGACGGCAGAUCGCUCAGCUCGCGCGGGAGUGACGCUCCGAGUCUUCAGAAGCGAAGAUAUUCCUCCGUGGCCAGGAUUCACUCCAUGACCAUCGAGGCUCCCAUCACGAAGGUGAUAAACAUCAUCAACGCGGCCCAGGAGAGCAGCCCGGUGACGGUGGCCGAGGCCCUGGACCGGGUGUUGGAGAUCCUGAGGACCACGGAGCUCUACUCCCCUCAGCUCGCCUCCAAAGAAGACGACCCCCACGCCAACGACCUCGUGGGGGGGCUCAUGAGCGACGGGCUGCGCAGACUCUCUGGCAACGAAUACGUCUUCUGCAAAAACAUGAGCCAGAGCCAGCUGUCCGUCCCGGUGACUCUGAGCGACGUCCCUCCACCCAUCGCCGAGAUGCUGAACCACGAGGAAUGCUGGGAGUUCGACAUCCUCGAGCUGGAGGCGGCCACGAACAAGAGGCCGCUGACGUACCUCGGCCUGAAGGUCUUCGCCAGCUUCGGCGUGUGCGACUUCCUGAGCUGCUCGGACGCCACGCUGCGCUCGUGGCUGCAGCUGAUGGAGGCCAGCUACCACUCCUCCAACUCCUACCACAACUCCACCCACGCCGCCGACGUGCUGCACGCCACCGCCUACUUCCUCCGCAAGGACAGGGUCAAGAGCAGCCUGGAACAGCUGGACGAGGUGGCGGCGCUGAUCGCGGCCACGGUGCACGACGUGGACCACCCGGGCCGCACCAACUCCUUCCUGUGCAACGCCGGCAGCGAGCUGGCGAUCCUCUACAACGACACGGCGGUGCUGGAGAGCCACCACGCCGCGCUCGCCUUCCAGCUCACCACCCGGGACGCCAAGAGCAACAUCUUCAACAACAUGGACAGGAACCAGUUCCGGACCCUGCGGCAGGCCGUCAUCGACAUGGUUCUGGCCACCGAGAUGACCCGCCACUUUGAGCACGUCAGCAAGUUCGCCAACAGCAUCAACAAGCCGAUGGCCGCCAUCGAGGACAGCGGCCCCGCCAGCGACGCCGACGCGCAGGCCAACAUCAGGAACUCUCCGGAGAACCGGCUGCUCAUAAAGAGGAUGCUGAUCAAGUGCGCGGACGUGGCGAACCCCUGCAGGCCGCUGCAGCUCUGCGUGGAGUGGGCCGGGCGCAUCUCCGAGGAGUACUUCGCUCAGACGGACGAGGAGAAGGCUCAGGGGCUGCCCGUGGUGAUGCCCGUGUUCGACAGGAACACCUGCAGCGUCCCCAAGUCCCAGAUCUCCUUCAUCGACUACUUCAUCACCGACAUGUUCGACGCCUGGGACGCCUUCGCCGACCUGCCUGGUCUCAUGGAACACCUGUCGGAGAACUACAAGUACUGGAAGGUUUUGGACGAGAUGAAGUGCAAGAGCCUCCGUCCUCCCACGGCUCUGUGGCCGCCUCCGUCAGUCUGAGCGGAUGCAGAGAAUCCCCCCCCCCUCGCCCCCCCCCCCCCCCCCCCCCCCAACAUUCCUGAAAACACCUCCACGAAGCUGCGAGCACCUCACGGGUCAACCGACAAUCUGCACCUGCAGGCGGUGCAACGAGCCACAGAUCAGCACUUUAGUCGAUGGAGACAUUUUCAUCACAAGCCUCUUUGAUCCGUUUCAUUUGUUUCCUUUUUCGCAGUUUUUAAUCUCCGUCGAAUGUUCUCACUGUAAAUGAUUCAUGAUCAAUGAUGAUGAUGAUAAUAAUGAAAUGCUUAUCAAACUGCCAACUCGUGACUCCCUCUUCCAGGGUCCACAGUGAGAGGGACGCUCUCUUGGGGCUCAAAGGUCAUGUAGCUACCUGGUUCAGAUGAGUAUCAGAUGAGUCUUGAUCCUUUCAGAGCACUUUCAUUAUAUUUUAACUCAUAAAGGCGACACGGUUCUGGAAAGCAGUUUUUCUUUCUUGCAGCACAUUGAAACCUUUGCUAAUUCUUAGAAUAUUAGUUCAUAAAUCCAAAUAGAUUUUUGCUUAAAUUGAGAUAAAGCCCAAAACAAUCUGAGCUGCUUUGGUAAAGUAGUUGUCAUUAGCGGCGUAAUGUCCUGAGAGACAGAACAUGGACCCAAAGGCACAGAGAGCUCCUCCCAGGUGCCUUAUUAUUAGUACUGGUACCGGUUCUUCCUCUGCAAAAAGGGAAAGCCAUGCACGUAAAUAUAUGUGUGUACGUGUGUGUGUGUGUAUACUGUAUAUGUAUAUAUAUAAUAAUAUAUAUAUAUACAUACAGACAAUCUGCGUUAUGUUGCUUCAUGAUCCGAGUGGACUUGGGGAGUCAGUGUCGAUGGUUCUGCAACAACAUUUUUAUUUCUUUUGUACCACAACGAUUUUUUCAAACAGAACUUGGAUCACAUGUGAAUUUUGCCAGUUCAGAACUAGCGAGUCACAAUGACGUCAUUCAAUCAGCGCCUUAAUCGUGUAACGUCCGUGUGCAGAAGCUCCCUAACGCACCCGCUGUCCUUGUAGCUGCUCACUAAAUGGCUCGUUUGAAGGGAGACGGGCCAGAACCACGUGGUCAUGGCCCUGUGACCCGGAGCCUUCGUCCCGCCAUGGUUAAUCGUGUCCGGCGUUCCAACCCAGAGGCCGCACACACACAAGGAGAAAACGAGACUGUGUGCAAAGCUCGUCUUUGGCGUGCGGGAUGAGGGGGGCGGAGUCAGUGAAACGACACCCGGGACGCCACCAUGUUGCAAAUUAUUUUUCAAAGAGCAAAACGCGAGCUGAUGUGUGUUUGAGGAUGAAUACGUGUGCGUUAAAUAGUUUGCUCUUUGCAUUAUGGCUUAUUUUGAUGUCCUGUCAGAUGCAGAAAUGUAUUGUUACACGCGAUUAAAGCAUUCUUUCAAUUUCAAGUUGUUCGAGGUCGAUAAGGAUCAUUUCUGUCUGUUCAAUGCGAGAAGGUCAGAGCGUCCACGCCGGAGAGAAAAUGACCUCAUUUGGAU